GGAACUUUACGAUGGCGAUAACAACCCGACGACGACGACAACAAGAGGACAACAGGGACAAGACACUUCAACAAUCACAGUCAUUGAGAAAUCAUCUCGGGUCAAGAAUGCUUAGAGUUCCUAGUCCCAGUUUCUAGGAUUAUACUUCUCGUUCCUGCGUCUUCUUCCAGCUACCUAUUCCAUGCUUUAGUGGAAUAGGAUCCGUCAACCAAUCGACCUCUCAACCCCGUGAGCGAGGUUGUGUAAGUGACUUUGGUCUGUGUCUCAACUGAUUCUGAGCCCGUGAUGAGUUACUCUUGAAAAGUCCACCUACGAGAACCAUCAGUAGUAAAAAUGCUACUCCAACGUCUCACCAUAUCCUCGGGCAUGAGGUCAUCCCUAUCCUCUUUUUCUCGAAGAGCAUCAUCAUCAUCAGCAUUCACUCGAUGCUCAUACAGCACAAAACCCAACAACAAGGUCUCAGACCCAUUACGCAUCCUCUUCUGCGGCUCAGAUGUCUUCAGUUGCUACUCACUAAAAGCUCUUCAUGCCGAACACAAGGCCAACCCAGGACUCAUCAAGUCCAUUGAUGUCAUGGUCCGACCAGGAAAGGCUUUUGGCAGAGGGUACAAGGAGAUCCGUCAAGUCCCCAUCCAAAACCUCGCCGAAGAACUUUCCCUCCCCAUCCACAUCCGCGAUACCUUCACCGGCUGGUCCUUGCCUCAAAGUCCCCAUGGAGAACCCAUCAACCUCAUCGUGGCCGUCUCUUUCGGUCUCUUUGUCCCUCCACGCAUUCUCAACCAAGCUAAAUACGGGGGGUUGAACGUUCAUCCUUCUUUGCUACCCGACCUCCGCGGCCCAGCCCCCCUCCACCAUGCCCUCCUCAACCGCCUCUCCCACACGGGCGUCUCCCUCCAAACCCUCUCCCCCCAAACCUUCGACGCCGGCACCGUCAUCGCCCAAACCCCUCUACCCGGCAUUCCCAUCCCGCCCGCCUGCACGGUGUCCCAACUGCACGACCUGCUCGCCCCUCUAGGAGCCGACAUGCUCGUUUCUUCUCUGCAAAAAGGACUACACGUCCCGCCUUUGGCGCCCGUGAUCGACAAUACCAUCCCCAUCACCCCUCCUCUCCCCUCUCCUGUCGAGAACAAAAUGUACACACACGCCCCCAAGAUAACCAAAGCCGACCAGCGUUGGUCCAUCUUACAUCAUUCAGCCGCGGACGCCGCGCUGCGAGCUCGAGUUUGCGGUGCCGGGUCGUUGUGGGCUAGUGUUUAUCUACCUAUUGCUUCCGAAGGAUCCUCCGAAAAGAAGGGAACCAAAAAAGAAGCUCAAAAGGAGAAGCAGCUGGAGUAUCCGCUCAACUACCCCCACCCCCUCGAGGAAUCAGCAAAGGGAUCACCGAAGCGCAUCAUUCUCGAGGACGUAUCCGAGCUUUUCAUCCCCUCCUCUUCUGUCGACGACGAUGCUGGGCUUGAGCAAAAGUAUGAAAGUUACCGACGGAUUGUUGAAAGUAUGAACAGCGGUAAUUCCUGGUCCACCGAGCAGCUGGGACUUGAGCCUGUUUACCUACCUCAAUCUCACACUGAAUCCCCUUCAGACCCGCUCUCCUGGCUUUUAAGGCUUGGCGAGGACGAGUACGUCCAUGUCGAGACGACCACUGCCAAUGGUGAAAAGGUGACGGAGAGAAAGCCGAGAGUGAGUUGGGCUUUGUGUACCAGGUUGGGACUGGAUGGCGGGAAGGAGGAAGAUAAGGGGGCUGUGACGUUUGUGAUCCCAGAAGAUGGAGGCAAGUUUGGUUUGUUGAGGGUAGGGAAAAUCAAGGUGGAGGGAAAGGGGGCAAAGCCGGCUAGACAGGUGAUGAAGGAGCUGGCUGUUAAGGCGGGUUAAGAAGUUUGAGACAUGGUGGCUUGAAAUGUAGGAUCAAGAUAGGUCUGCCAGGAGCACAAAUCACAAAACAUUCAAAUCACAAUGGCAGGUCGGAGGAGCAGAUAUAGAGUGAUCAAAGUUGCCGUGGUUAAAUUUCAAUAAUAUACAGUGCGGUAUAUCUCAACCGCCCACUAACUAGAGUAACCCCAUCUGCUAUCUCGAGCAUCAAGCGUCACAUCGUUCCACCAUCCGAAAUUUC